UGUGAGAUGCCUUCCAGAUGACACGUCGACGCGUGCGACUACAGAGCCGCGCUUCGGUGAAUAUUGAAAUGUUAUAACACCGGCCUACUCACCACGACCGCGGGGCAGCCAUGAAAGAGAGGCUAAAGAAGAGUGAAAAUACCAAAAGCAACAGAGACGAUGAAAAAGAGACAACGGACGCACAUUCAAAGUGGACAUGGGGACCGGUAAAGGUGUACCACUGGACGGUGACUUUCGGAGCCUUCUCAUACAUCAUGUGGAGAUUCGCUACCAACGAAGAGAAUGCGUUCCUUACGGACCAAAUGAAGUAUGCGUUCGUCAAGAGUCCGUAUGGCCUGAAACAAAAACAGGACGCAUCAAACUGGGGAUGGCAGACCACCAGGUACGUCAUGGUCAACACGUGGAAUUGGUACCUUUUGCACCCCAUACUCGCCAGAAUCACAGCCCACGUGAAACCAUCGCUGGUACCCGUGUUCUACGCUACCUACUCGUCCCUGUUUGUGACCUCUCACUUAGGCUGGGAGGUGGCGCUAAUGUUCCUGGCGCAACAUGCCAUCUUCUAUGCUGUGGCCGCUCUGCACAUACCCGCACUGUGCUACCUGGCCGCCGCCGUGAUCCACUGCCAAAAGUUCGUGAACCCUUUCGACCCAGCGACUUACAUGUACGAGCGAUAUGGCAUCAUGCCACACAGGGUGGCUUACGUCGCUUUCCACUGGAACAUUAUGCGUGGCCUCAGCUUCAGCCUGCACUUCGUUCGAGCUCAGCGCCAAAGUGCAGAGAAGAGCCGCUGGCUGCCAUAUUGGAAGACGCUCGCCUACAUGAUCUACCUGCCCACAGUCUACCUUGGACCUCCGCAGAAUUACGAUGACUACGUAGUUCAGUUGGACAAGCCGCGACGCAGCUGCACUCUGCGCGAGAUUGCCACAUCAGUGGCGAGAAUUCUGCGGAGCGGUGCGCACUUCUUCCUGAUGGAGCUCAUGGCCCACUUUUUCUACAGCUCGGCAAUGGCCAGGUGGCCCUGGAUGGCCGAGCGGCUGGACCUGUACAGCCUGGUGGGCUUCGCCUUUUCCCUGCUGUUCUUCUUCUACGUACGCUACCUCUUCACCUACGGCUUCGCCGGUGCCAUCGCCCGAGCCGAGGGCGUCGAGAUUCCGCCUCCCUCCAUGUGCAUUGCCACAAUGUACCGCUGUUCGUACUUUUGGAGGUACUUCGACCGGGGCAUGCACCUUUGGAUUCGAAGGUACAUCUACGAGCCUGUCGUGGGCAGCAGUCGCAGAGCCCACCGGUUGGCGCUGGGUACGGCGGUGGCGUUCACUUUUACCUGGGUCUGGCACAGCAUGCACGGGCACGACGGCAUCUGGUGCGCACUAAGCGUGCUUGGCAUUGUCCUCGAGGUGAUCACCAUUGAGAUAAUGAAGUGGACGCCCGUCAAGAAGUUCCAGGGCCGCUACCUGGCAUCAGCUGAGCGAAUUCGGGAGGCCAAGGCCCUGCUGGGAUCUCCUCACUACCUGCUCACUAUCUGUGCCUGCAUCUUUCACUUGGCAGAACUGGACGUGUGCCUCGUCAUCGUGAGAAGGACCCUAACCGGUUUUCCUUUUCCCUUGGUUCUCAUCCUGGUGGCCCUCUACAGCGCAAGCCAUGUUAGCAUGGAUGUGGCCGACUGGGAAGCAGCUGCCAUGGCCAAGCAGAAAGAAGCGGCAUCGUGAACAACUUAACCACGCCGCUUUACAAAAUGGCCUGGAGCUGCACCAAUCGCUUUACUUCUUUCUUUGCUCAUCUGGUGUUAUAAAGAAGAAGUGCCGGAUACAGCGGACAGCGCAUACUAGCAGCUGGGAUGCAAGAAAGUAGUAUUCCGCAAUGUUUGCCUACAGUAAACGAAUUCCGACGGAUAACAUAAAGAUUUCGCAAAGAUUUCAAAAGAUUUAGGGCAAAAGACCCAUUGGACCUCAGAAUGGCGGGAGAUAUCGUUCACGCAUCUUAGUCGCCUGCGAUGUCACUUUCUGGCAUAUGCACACAUCUCCGGAGGUCUACUGUUCAUUUUUAAUAAAAUAUUUUGGUCAUGA